AUGGGGCUCUUCGUGCCGGUGGUCGACCAGGAGCGCGCCAGGUUCGAGCGCGGUUCGGGCGGCGACGAUACGGCAUCCAGGGCGCACCGCGCGUUCCACGAUCCGCACUCGCUGCACCGCGGCAGCCGCCCGGAAGACGACACCGAGCGCGACGUCGGAUCGCAGUACGCGAAGAAGGGCAAUCUCGUCAAGGUGGACGGCAAGUGGGUGAAACCCUCGAAGGACAGGGACGGCCGGGGUUCCAAGCCCGGCGUCUCUCAUGCGCUCGGGUCCGAGCCCCAGAGGUUCAUCCCGGAGAAAGAAUUCAGGGGCGCGCGGCUGGGAUACUACUUUGCCAUGGGCAAGCACGGCCUGGGUUACUACAAGGACGAUCCGAGAUUGUACAGAUCGAACCAGUGGCGGGACACCUGGGAGGAGCUUCAGGCUGGGGACGCGCGAGCGAGACAGGCGAGGCGCGAGGAGACCAAGGCCGCGCGCGAGGAUCGCAGGGACGCGAGCGCGUACGACCCGCACGACUACAGGGGAGGACGCGACCGGCACCGGGGCGGGUCGAGGGACAGGUCGAGGGACAGAUGGACGCGGCGGUGGGGUCGACGACAGGGACCGGCGCGAUCGGCGGAGGAGCAGGAGCGGGAGCAGGGACCGGGGUGGGCGCGGGUCGCCUCCCAGGGAGAUGACGCGGGAGGAAAAGGAGAAGGCCGCGCUCGAGAGGCUCGCGGCUAA